GAGAGAUUGCAUUAUCUUUGCAUGUCCGGCUCUUCCAGAUACCAGUUAAUAAUCUAAUUUUUGUGAAGUUAUGGCGAACAAGAAACGUUUUCCUUUUCUAAAGAUAUUCUUUGACAUUAUAGCGAAAGACUCGAACAUUAAUCACACCUGUCCCUACAACCAUGACAUAAUCGUCAAAAAUCUAGUUUUGCGGGACGAUAUGUUCGGACGAUUGCCGGUGCCAGCGGGAGAGUAUUUGUUUAAGUUAAUGGUGGGCGCCUACAACGAAUGGAAAGCUGAUGUGAAGGCCUACUUCUCCAUUAGACUCAAUAAAAAAGAGCGUUAAAGCGGUGUCCACUUAAUUCCGAUUUGAUGAAAUAGAUAA